UUGUGCAAAUCAUGAAUGAUGGUGUUCUUGUAACACUUGAAUAGGCGGAACAUGAGGGAACAACAGCAUUUCAACCUUAGCAUCUGUCCGGUGGCCAAGCUGCAAUCCAUAAUUCAUGCUCGUGAACGUAAAGUUAUUUCUGAGUUGAACAUCGGAUGUCAACGUUGGGUAGCCUAGCACGUCUUCGGGUAGCCUACCAACCGUGCACAGCCUAGUCACCUGCCUCGACUACCGCUCUUCAACCCUCCCUCUUCUCCAGCAUCGCGGCUCUGGUGGUGGACGGGUGUAGUCUGGUAUAUGGGUGUUGAACUGAUGUCUCCGCCUGUUCGGAAUCUAAAGUGCCCCUCGCCGGUGAUGUGUCAGUGUAAGGUCAUCUGCAGCAACCGGACUCUCUCCCUCAUGUUCGGUUGCAAGAAGUACCGGUACCAGGAUGAGGAGACGCCCCCCUUGGAGCACAGUCCAGCCCAUCUGGGUCAAGGGAAAAGUGCUGAAAUGCUUCACAUGAGUGACAAGAACCUCGCCGCCAUGGAGGCAAUGCAUGGCUACACGCCGCACACACACAUCUCCCCUAUCAAGCCGGUGUUGAUGUCGUCAGGCCACAAUCCUAUGUACACCUCUGCUGUUUCCACACUGGGGAAUUCUCCUCCAGUGGUGGUGAAUACUGACACGCUCGACGGCUCUCCCUACGUCAACGGGACAGAGGGGGAAAUUGAGUAUGAAGAGAUUACACUGGAACGAGGUAACUCAGGCCUGGGCUUCAGUAUAGCUGGGGGGACAGAUAACCCUCAUGUUGGUGAUGACCCCAGCAUCUUCAUCACCAAGAUCAUCCCUGGAGGAGCUGCGGCCCAGGACGGACGGCUGAGUGUGAAUGACAGUAUCCUGUUUGUGAAUGAUGUGGAUGUGAGGGAGGUGACCCACAGUCUGGCAGUGGAGGCUCUGAAGGAGGCGGGGGCCAUCGUCCGCCUCUACGUGCUCCGCAGGAAACCAGCCGCAGAGAAAGUCACCGAGAUCAAACUCAUCAAAGGGCCGAAAGGUCUAGGUUUCAGCAUCGCUGGAGGGGUGGGGAACCAGCACAUACCAGGAGACAACAGCAUCUAUGUCACUAAGAUCAUCGAGGGUGGGGCUGCUCACAAGGACCAGCGGCUGCAGAUAGGGGAUAAGAUACUGGCGGUGAACAGUGUGUGUCUGGAGGACGUGAUGCACGAGGAUGCAGUGGGAGCCCUGAAGAACACAGCCGAGGUGGUUUACCUCCGGGUGGCCAAGCCUAACAACCUCUACCUGAACUCCUACAACCCGCCAGACCUUACCAGCACUUACUCCGCUCACAUGGACACAGAUCUUGGCCACCCCACCUACCUUGGAUCAGAUUACCCACAAGCCCUCACUCCCACCUCACCCAGUCGCUUCUCUCCAGUGUUGCACAGCAUGAUGGGGGAUGAAGACCUUCCCAGGGAGCCUAGGAGAGUGCUGAUCCACCGGGGUUCUACAGGCCUGGGUUUUAACAUCGUGGGAGGAGAGGAUGGAGAGGGGAUCUUUAUCUCCUUCAUCCUGGCGGGGGGGCCUGCCGACCUCAGCGGUGAGCUGCGCAAGGGCGACCAGAUCCUCAGCGUGAAUGGAGUGGACCUGCGUAUCGCCACCCAUGAGCAGGCUGCGGCAGCCCUGAAGAACGCUGGCCAGACUGUCACCAUCAUCGCCCAGUACAGACCAGAGGAGUACAGCCGUUUCGAAGCGAAGAUCCACGACCUGAGGGAACAGCUGAUGAACAGCAGCAUGGGUUCUGGUCAGACGACACUGAGGAGCAACCCCAAGAGAGGCUUCUAUAUCAGGGCCUUGUUUGACUAUGAUAAGACAGCAGACUGUGGUUUCCUGAGCCAGGCGGUGGGCUUCAGGUUUGGUGACGUGCUCCAUGUCCUGGACUGUGGUGAUGAGGAGUGGUGGCAGGCCAGACGGGUCAGUCCUCAGACAGACGUUGAGGAGGUCGGCUUUAUUCCCAGCAAACGCAGGGUAGAAAGGAAAGAGUGGUCUCGCAUGGGCACCAAAGAGAGGGAUCGCAGUCGGGACAGCCUCGGAUCUCAAGGGAGGGACGAUUCUCAACACAGCUAUGAAGCAGUGACACAAGUGGAGGUGCAUUAUGCCAGGCCCAUCAUAAUAUUGGGUCCCAUAAAGGACAGGGUAAAUGAUGACCUGCUGUCAGAGUUCCCUGACAAGUUUGGAUCUUGUGUCCCUCACACCACGCGGCCCAAGCGGGAGUACGAGGUGGACGGGCGGGACUACCACUUUGUGUCGUCACGGGAACAGAUGGAGAAGGAUAUCCAGAGCCACCGGUUCAUCGAGGCGGGCCAGUACAACAGCCACCUAUACGGCACCAGCGUCCAGAGCGUGCGAGAGGUGGCGGAGCAGCAGGGGAAACACUGUAUACUGGACGUGUCGGCCAAUGCUGUCCGCAGACUACAGGCCGCUCAGCUACACCCCAUCGCCAUCUUCGUCCGGCCCAAGUCACUGGAGAAUGUCCUAGAGAUCAACACUCGUCUGACAGAAGAGCAGGCCAGAAAGGGCAUGGACCGUGCUCUCAAGCUGGAACAGGACUUCAUCGAGUGCUUCUCAGCUGUGGUGGAAGGUGACAGCUUCGAGGAGGUUUACCACAAGGUGAAGACGGUGAUCGAGGAGCAGUCGGGGCCUUACAUCUGGAUCCCCACCCGGGAGAGGCUGUGAGGCUGCCCCAUAACCCACCUCCACCCCCCAACCACCCUCAGCCAGUCUGCCCUCCAGCCCAACCAGCGCUCAGAGAGAUAGAGAGACACACAAACACACACAGGGGGACACGUGAAGAUAGAGACACAUAAUCACACGGAGAGAGACACACAGAGUAAUACUAAAAGAGAGACACAGGUAUAGAAACCCAGAGAAACAGGUAAGGACAGUAUUUAAUCAGUAUUCAUAUAUAAUCCAUGUGUGGUGAGUACUGAGCGAGACUGGAGAGAGGUGACCAAGUUGGGCGUGGCAAGGCAGGGCGGUGGGCGUCCCCAGAAUAAGCACAGGGUAACGGAUCCGCCAUCUCCCCCUCUCCGUCUCCCUCAGUCUCAUUUGACAUCCCCACUGACAAACAGGCGGGCAAAACCAUCAGCAGCCCUUCCGAUCCCUCCUUUUUUAUAUCAAUGAGCCUCCUCUCCUCCUCCUGUCAACUCUCUCUCUCCAUUCAGGACAUGAAACGGAGAGAGAGAGAGAGAGAGAGAGAGAGAAGGAGUGCAUAGACUAUGGAGGGACACACAGAUCAUAUUGAGUCCCUCUGACCCGGAGGAGGCUCUAUUCUAGUGAAAAGGCUUUGCUCCGUGUAUGAACAACUAGGAACAUCAUCCCACUAACCAAGACUGGCAUUCGCUCAAUCACCCAUGAAUAGCAUUUUGCGAGGGCAUUUUUUCAAAAGCAGCUCAAAUAUAAACUCAAAUUGUGAAUUUGUGCAUGUGUCCUCAAAGGCAACAGAUAUGAGAGUCCAGGACAAUGAUGGGAAAUAAGAAGAAAGGAUGAAGAAGAGGAGAAAUGACUGGGCGGUGCGCACCACCCGUUUCCCCCUCCAUUUUGAUGGGCGGGGAGUUUCUAGCACGUCUCAACAGAGAGAGGAGCAGUACAGAUGGAGAAAGAGGAGGGGCUAACUCACUGUGUGCAUAGACAAUGGAAGACCUCGCGUAUAACCUCUGGGUCUCUUCUGUACGGCACACACAGUCAGCCCGUACAGUAGGGCCGUUCUAAAUCUCUUUUCCAAAAGCACUGGGCGGUCUGCCCUGUUUGUAAACGGCCAGGCAGAUUCCAUGCUGAAUGUUCUCUUAAGGCACAACAGCAGAGUCCUUAGCUUCAGCGCUUUAGUGUUAAGAGCACCACAGCCAAUUCUCUGAUCACUCUUCCAAAUAGACCCUCAACAACCCACACACAGUGUUCUCACUGGCCUGUGUGUGUGUGUGAGAGAGAGAGUGUGUGUGUGAGAGAGAGUGUGUGUGUGGACUGUGUGAGGAUUAAAUCUCUCUUCCUCUCUACCACUCUUUCUCUGCCUCUUUCUUUCUCUCUCUCUCUUUCUUUCCUCACAAAUUAAGGCUACGUAUAUAUAACACGUUUAACAGACAAAAUGGCCUAUACAAAUAUAUAUUUUUAAUGACGAUUUAUAACAGGAGUUAGAGCCUGUAAAAUGUAAUAUCUCUUCAACAAUAUUCCAUUGCUUUGUUUGGGUAAACUUUCUCUUGUGUUCAGGGAUUUGUUUUGGUCCUUGACCAUCGAUUUGCCCUUCCACAACACACAGUCCUGACACACAAACACACAAAUAACUGAGAUGUAGCUGAGCUAUAACUGAGAAAUAUCUGAGAUAUAACUGAGAAAUAUCUGAGAUAUAACUGAGAUAUAACUGAAAUAUGACUGACAUAUAAAUUAGCUAUAACUGAAAUAUAUCUGAGCUAUAACUGAGAUAUAACAGAUAUGACUGAGCUAUAACACAUAUAUCUGAGAUAUAACUGAAAUAUAUCCGAGCUAUAACUGAGAUAUAACAGAUAUGACUGAGCUAUAACACAUAUAUCUGAGAUAUAACUGAGAUAUGACUGAGAAAUAUCUGAGAUAUAACUGAGAUAUGACUGAGAAAUAUAUGAGAUAUACCUGAGAUAUAACUGCAAUAUAUCUGAGCUAUAACUGAGAAAUAUCUGAGAUAUAACUGAGAUAUAACUGAGAAAUAUCUGAGAUAUAACUGAGAUAUGACUGAGAAAUAUCUGAGAUAUAACUGAGAUAUAACUGAGAUAUGACUGACAUAUAAAUUAGCUAUAACUGAGAAAUAUCUGAGCUAUAACUGAAAUAUAUCUGAGCUAUAACUGAGAUAUAACAGAUAUGACUGAGCUAUAACACAUAUAUCUGAGAUAUAACUGAGCUAUAACACAUAUAUCUGAGAUAUAACUGAGAUAUAACUGAGAUAUAACUGAGGUGUAACUGAGAUAUAUCUGAACUAUAACUGAGAUAUAACUGAGCUAUAACAGAUAUAUCUGAGAUAUAACUGAGAUAUGACUGAGAAAUAUCUGAGAUAUGACUGAGAUAUACCUGAGAUAUAACUGAGAUAUAACUGCAAUAUAUCUGAGCUAUAACUGAAAUAUAACUGAUAUGACUGAGCUAUAACUGAGAUAUAACUGAAAUAUAACUGAGAUAUGACUGAGACAUAUCUAAGAUAUAACUGAGAUAUGACUGAGAAAUAUAUGAGAUAUAACUGAGAUAUAACUGAGAUAUAUCUGAGCUAUAACUGAGAUGAAUGAGAUAUAACUGAGUUAUAACUGAGAUAUAACUGAGAUAUAACUGAGAUAUAACUGAGAUAUAACUGAGAUAUAACUGAGAAAUAACUGAGAUAUAACUGAGAUAUAACUGAGAAAUAACUGAGAUAUAACUGAGAUAUAACUGAGAUAUAACUGAGCUAUAACUGAGAAAUAUCUGAGCUAUAACUGAGAUGACUGAGAUAUAACUGAGUUAUAACUGAGAUAUAACUGAGAUAUAACGGAGAUAUAACUGAGAUAUAACUGAGAAAUAACUGAGAUAUAACUGAGAAAUAACUGAGAUAUAACUGAGAUAUAUCUGAGAAAUAACUGAGAAAUGACUGAGAAAUAUCUAAGAUAUAACUGAGAAAUGACUGAGAAAUAUAUGAGAUAUAACUGAGAUAUAACUGCGAUAUAACUGAGAUAUAACUGAGCUAUAACUGAGAUAUAACUGAGAAAUAUCUGAGCUAUAACUGAGAUGACUGAGAUAUAACUGAGUUAUAACUGAGAUAUAACUGAGCUAUAACUGAGAUAUAACUGAGCUAUAACUGAGAAAUAACUGAGAUAUAACUGA